UCCAGUCUCCUCCACCAUCACUUCUUCUCUCACUAUAACUGCAUCCAUCCCACUCUCCCCUAACCAACCAAAACGAAUUUCGAUUUUCAAAUUCGAAUUUGAAAAAUUUUCGUCGAUGAAGGAGAUCGCGUCGAGGAAUUCAAAGCGUAAGGCUGAGGCCACGCCGUUCGCCGUGAAGAGAGCUCUGAUCUCUCCAGUAUCCGCUGCUUCAGUCGAUUCCUGCUCCAAUUUGCUUUCUGCAGUCGACGACAGCGUUUCGUGCGGUUCAAGCAGAGUCGAGAGGAGCUCGAAGCUAAAGAAGAUUCGAAUUGAAGAGGAAGUAGUUUCUCCGCUAUUAACCAAGGAGAAGGAGAUCGCAGUAAGCGAAUCAUCGUCCUUCACACGAUCCGACGUGACCUUUGCCGAGCGUAAUAAGGAGAGCGACGUCGUUUCGGGAGUAGAUUCUUGCUCCAAGUUCGGGGGGAGCGUAACCGGAGGAGGAGGAGGAGGAGGCGAUAACGAAGAAACUGAAAUCUCUAAACCGAACGGACUCGUUGAGAUAACCGGAUGCGUCUCCGAUACGUUCUCAGACGAAGAGAUUUCGGACUAUCGUGACGACGACGAUGAGUCGUCCUCGGAGAUAUUAUCACAGUACUCCGACCUCGGUUCAUCGGAUUAUACUUCUUCAUUCCUUUCCGAUUCAGGCAGCGAGUUCUCUGAGAGAUCAAGCUCUGAUUCUCCUCUUUCGCAUACUCGCUCUCUCUACCUUCAGUACAAGGAACAGUUCUGCAGAUCCACGAUCCCGAACCAUUUCGAAUCUUCUCUCCAGGAACGAAGCCCUGAAACUCAGUCUGAACUGGUAAGGUUCGAAGAUGAAGAGGUGGAAGAGAGAUAUCAAAGGCUGAGGGAAAGAGAGAGAGGUCAUGCUGCUUAUUUGCGUGACUAUGCUAAGGCUUACUGCUCUAGGAUGGAGGAUCAUACUGAUUUCAUCCCUCAACUACGCUUCAUCAUGGUUCAAUGGAUUGUGGAGCAAUGUUCUGCAAUGGAGCUUCCGCCAGAGACAUUGUUUCUAGGAGUUAGUCUGCUGGAUCGUUUCCUCAGCAAAGGAUCCUUCAAAAGCGAGAGGACUCUAGUACUAGUUGGGAUUUCGAGUCUUACUCUAGCCACCCGAAUUGAAGAAAACCAACCUUACAAUAGCAUCCGGAGAAGAAACUUCUACAUCCAGAACCUGAAGUACAGCCGGCAAGAAGUGGUGGCAAUGGAGUGGCUGGUUCAAGAAGUUCUCAACUUCAAAUGCUUCUCACCCACAAUCUUUAACUUCUUAUGGUUUUACCUAAAAGUUGCACGAGCCAAUCCUGAAGUUGAAAAGAAAGCCAAACUCUUGGCCAUUAACUCACUAUCCGAUCACACUCAACUCUGUUUUUGGCCUUCAACUGUAGCAGCUGGGCUUGUGGUUCUCGCCUGCAUUGAAUACAACAAAAUCUCAGCCUACCAUCGAGUCGUAAAGGUUCAUGUUAGAACAAAAGAUAAUGACCUGCCUGAAUGCGUCAAUAGCCUGGAAUGGUUGCUUGAGCAGUAAGCAAUCCACAAGAACAAAUACCUCAAAGCCAGAACACAGUAUACUCCAAUACGAUCUCACAGAUUAUUAUUACUCUUUACACAACAAACACAUAUACCGUAUAUAACAAGCCAAUGCCUCUACAGAUUUAUAUGCUUAAUUUCUGGACUUAAUUUGCUCAUGUCUCUGCAUUACUAAUACCAAUUAUUAGGGCACCA